AUGCGCAUGGAGGACAGCCGCCUCCCCAAGCGCAUGCUGUUAGGAGCGAUGGCGGGGGGCGUGGGAUACCGGGGCGGGCAGGAGAGCGACUGGGUGUCUCGUCUAGGAGAGGACCUCGUGGCCUUCAACAACAUGGGAGACGAAAAGGAAGGGGGGAAAUGGAAAGAGAGCGCCAAGGACUUGGAGGUGUGGUACAACAAGGUCGAGGACGGGGAGGCAUGGUUCAUGAGGAAAUGCCACAGGCAGGAGGCGGAAGCGUCCGCGAAGCGCCAGCGAGCGAGGGAAGCAGAAGCAGAGAGUACGACCAUCUCAGGACCGAAGAGAAAGAGAACCGGCGAAGCGGCGGUGGGGGGGAAGAAACGGCGACCGGGCAUUGCUGUAGAAGCGAGUAGGGCGGCCGAGGCAGCGCUUGUGACGAACUAUGCACCCGGCUGAUGUUGUUGUGCCCUGUUUCCCUCCCUGCCGUAUGCUAUACUCCUUUAUGUAUGUCCUUUUAAUUGCCUUCGGCCUCUGUGCUGUGUUUCUUUUUUUCAUGACCUCCCUGCCUACUCUGCUGUGUUGGGUACCUUGAUCUCGCUUUGCUGUUGCCUUUGUUUUUGUACGUCUGGCUGUCUGCCCAUCUGCCGCCUCUUUGCCCUGUUUGCUCCGUUACUCCCAUGCCCUGGUGCGCAGUGCCUGGUGCUGGUACGUUACGUUACCCUUUCAUUUUUUCUUUCGGCGGGUGUGGGAAGCGUCCUCCUUUAUUUAUUUUUUUUGUUAUUUUUGUUUUGUUUUAUUUUGAUCGGUGUCCGAGGGCUCUUUUCUCGAACAGUAGGUGCGAUACCUGUUCUUUUCUUUCUUUCGAUCAUUUUGUUU